GGAGCCGGAGGAGGAAGAUGGUGGAGCGCGAGGCCGGGCGAGCGGCUCCGCGGAAAGCUGCUUUGCAGGUGGGCCGCCCAGCCCCGCGCCGCCGCCGCCGCCUCGGCCUCCGCUGGGCGCCCUGAGUGCGGUGGGCGCCGCGGCUCCCCAGACAGCCUCAACACACAAAAUGUCAAUAGAAUAAGUGAGGCUCCCUCAAGAACCUGCCAUGAACCAUUUUGAGGGACCAGCUGAAGGAGAGGUGAAUGAUGAACUAAGGAGUAGAGUGGUGAAUGAAUCUGUGGAGGCUGACCUGGAACAUUCUGAGGUGGAGGAUGAACAGCCCCAGUAUGCCAUUCAUUACCCGAGACGUGCCAAUAGCAGCCUUGAAGGACGUUCUCGACAGGACGAGGAGGGCACGUUAGCACGAUCAGCUAGCACUGAGAGCGGCUUUCACAACCACACGGAUACUGCUGAGGGAGAUGUCAUAGCCACAGUGGAGGAUGCCUAUGAAGGAGACCGAGUGCUGGACAAUGAGGAUGAGAGUGCCUAUGCAGUGCAGUACAGGCCCGAGGCAGAGGAGUACACAGAAAAUGCUGAGGCAGAACAUGCGGAGACGAUUCGUAACCGAACUCUCCCCAACCACUUGCACUUCCAUUCCAUUGAGCACGAGGAAGCCAUGAAUGCUGCUUAUUCAGGCUAUGUGUACACCCACCGGCUCUUCCACCGGGGGGAAGAUGAGCAGUAUGCUGAGCCCUAUGCUGACUAUGGGCUGCAGGAACAUGUUUACGAGGAGAUAGGUGACACACCUGACCUUGAUGCUCAGGAAGGCCUUAGACUCUACGAGCAAGAGAGGGAGGAGGCGGACAACUAUCGAAAGGAAGCUCUCGGUGCCCGGCUCCACCACUAUGACGAGCGCUCUGAUGGAGAGUCUGACAGCCCCGAGAAAGAGGCAGAGUUUGCUCCCUAUCCAAGGAUGGACAGUUAUGAACAAGAGGAAGACAUUGACCAAAUUGUGGCUGAAGUCAAGCAGAGCAUGAGUUCUCAGAGCCUGGACAAAGCUGCUGAAGACAUGCCAGAAGCAGAGCAGAAUGCGGAUCCUGCUGACGCUCCUGCUCAUGUUCACCAUGAAGGCAACCGUCCGCUGUCCAUUGGCUCUAGACCCACAGUUAAUGUGGGAGAUCCAGUGCAAAGAUACAGCAAGGAGAAAAGGGAUGCAAUAUCCCUGGCUAUCAAAGACAUUAAGGAAGCUAUUGAGGAAGUGAAGACUAGGACCAUCCGUUCUCCUUAUACCCCUGAUGAACCCAAAGAGCCCAUUUGGGUGAUGAGACAGGACAUCAGCCCAACCAGGGAUGGGGAGGAUCAGGGUCCACUAGAGGGAGAUUCUCCAUCUCCUGAUUCAUCUUCCCCACGAGGUGCUGAAUCAUCAGGUCUGCAGCAUCACCAAGAUGUCGGUGGAACAGCAGAAACCCCCACCAAGAAGGAGUCAAGAAAAAGCUUGGCUUCUUUCCCAACCUAUGUUGAAGUUCCUGGACCCUGUGAUCCUGAAGAUUUAAUUGAUGGAAUCAUAUUUGCUGCCAAUUACCUUGGCUCUACUCAGCUUCUUUCGGACAAAACUCCAUCAAAGAAUGUGAGAAUGAUGCAGGCUCAGGAAGCUGUGAGCCGAAUCAAGAUGGCCCAGAAAUUAGCCAAAAGCAGAAAGAAGGCCCCUGAAGGUGAAUCUCAGCCCAUGACAGAAGUUGACCUCUUCAUCUCAACGCAGAGGAUAAAAGUGCUGAAUGCAGACACUCAGGAGGUGAUGAAAAUUCCCUUUAAUGUGGAAAACGAAACUAUGAUGGAUCACCCGCUGAGGACCAUUUCCUACAUUGCAGAUAUUGGGAAUAUAGUCGUCUUGAUGGCUCGCAGGCGAAUGCCAAGAUCUAAUUCCCAGGAUAAUGUGGAGGCAUCUCAUCCCUCCCAGGAUGGGAAGAGACAGUAUAAAAUGAUCUGCCAUGUCUUUGAAUCUGAGGAUGCACAGCUAAUUGCACAGUCCAUAGGUCAGGCAUUUAGUGUGGCCUACCAGGAAUUCUUGAGGGCCAAUGGGAUAAAUCCAGAAGACCUGAGCCAGAAGGAAUACAGUGACCUGCUCAACACCCAAGACAUGUACAAUGAUGACCUGAUCCACUUCUCAAAGUCUGAAAAUUGCAAAGAUGUUUUCAUUGAGAAGCAGAAGGGAGAAAUUCUGGGUGUAGUAAUUGUGGAGUCCGGAUGGGGAUCCAUCUUGCCUACUGUUAUCAUUGCAAAUAUGAUGCAUGGAGGACCAGCUGAGAAAUCGGGGAAGCUGAACAUUGGGGACCAAAUCAUGUCCAUCAAUGGGACCAGUUUGGUUGGCCUACCACUCUCUACCUGUCAGAGUAUCAUAAAGGGGUUGAAAAACCAGGCUAGAGUUAAGCUGAAUAUAGUCAGAUGCCCUCCAGUAACUACUGUCCUUAUCAGAAGACCAGACCUCAGAUAUCAACUUGGCUUCAGUGUUCAGAAUGGCAUUAUCUGUAGCCUUAUGCGAGGAGGCAUUGCAGAGCGAGGAGGCGUACGAGUGGGUCACCGAAUCAUUGAAAUAAAUGGGCAAAGUGUUGUAGCAACACCUCAUGAAAAGAUUGUUCACAUUCUCUCAAACGCUGUUGGUGAGAUUCAUAUGAAGACCAUGCCAGCUGCCAUGUACAGACUCUUGACUGCACAGGAACAACCGGUUUACAUUUAAGCUGCCCCACCCAGUGUGCAUGGAGGACGUUUUUCCUUGUUAGUGGAGUUUUCUUGUGCUGCGUUUUGAUGUCUGCAGCAACAUGUCUCACUCGGUUCUCACCUUUUCUCAUUCUGUGUACAAGAUGACAUUUUGGGUUGCACCUUUUUACUACUAGUUUUAUGUAAUUCUUCACAAAACAGAAAACUAACCAAGAUUUUCUUGUGCACACACGCACAUAAACGCACUUAUUCCAGCUACACCAUCAUUUUAUGCCUCUCUGGCUGUUAGGAUAGAAAAUAAAGUUAGAAAGCUCUUUUUACCAAAUAGGUAAAAUUCUCUUAUUUGAGUAACAGAAAGGAUGCAGAUUUGUUUUAUCCUACAUAGUUGCUGUUAGGUGUAUGUUAGCAACAAGCUGACAAUUUUGCCCUAAAGAAAAAGUUGUGAUGUGUUUGAAAAAGGAAAUGGGAUGACCCCUUGUCUAUGAGGAGGGGGCUGCUGAAGGGUUCUGCUCAUCCCAUGCUGGGAAUAAAAUGUACAUUGUCUAGAGAUGAUGCCACAAGGUCUUUCUCCACCACCUCCCCCCCCCCUCCCCAAGUCUCCUAUUUGUCAUGUGCAGCAUGAUUUUUCUUGCAAUGGCUUUUCUAUUCCAUACUUUCUAAGAUUGAGUGGUCCACCAGAAACAGUGUAGGGUGUUGGGGCAAUACUGCUGUCAGGUCUUAACUUUCUAACUUUUUUUCCAUUUGUGUAUGUAUGAAUGUGUCUGUGGGCUGUCACAUUUUAAAACUGUAUGCUUGAUAUUUAUGAUUUUUCAGCAAGUCUACAUGCAGUUCUAAAUGGUUUUAUUGUUCUGAGCCAGUUUACUUCUAACAUAUCUU